AUGAAGCAUUUUUUAAAUAAAAGAUAAGACAUAAAAUUUAAGCUAGAAUAUUUUGACGAAAAAAUGCUACCAAAUGCUUUAAAUUAAAUAACAUAUGGAAUGAAAAUCGAAAAGUAUUAUUCUAAAGGUAAAAAAAAGCAUUGGAGAAUAUUUUAUAUAUUAGAUGAUGACUAUAGAAUUCUAUAAUGGAUAUCCCCUAACAAAAAAUAUACUAAAUCUAGAAUUUAUUUAAAUGAUAUAGUGGAUAUAUCAAGACAAACUGAAUUUAAUAAUAAAUAAAAUUAAUAUAGGAUACUUAAGAUUUAGACUGUAAAAAUGCAUUUAAUUUUAGAAUUUUAUUGCGAAUAAGAAAGAGAUUAUUUCCAAUAUUCAAUAUAGUAUUUUGCAAUUAAAUCUUUUUAACAUGAUUUUUUGUAAAUAUAAAAAAAAGAAUAUUAAUAUAUAUUUCUAAAUAAAUAAAUAGAGAAAAAAGAUAAGAUUAAGUAAAACAUUUGGCAAAUAUUUUAUUUAUAAAUGCAGAUAAAGACGGUAAUAAAUAAUUAGAUUUUGAAGAAACAAAAACUCUUUUAUAAGAAUUGCAUAUAAAUAUUAAUAAGAAAUAUUUAAAUAAUCUUUUUGAUAAAUAUGAUGUUAAUAAAAAUGGGUAAAUCGAUUAGGGAGAAUUCGUUAAUAUUAUAAGAGAUAUAAAUAAAAAAGAAGAAUUAAUAGAAAUAUUUACUAAAUAUUGUCCAUAAUAUAAUAAAUGUAAAAUUAUUUAUAUAUUUUAUUUUAUUUUAAAAAAAAGAUGAAUAAUAAGAGCAUUUAGACAAUUUAUUAAGUACUUUUAUUUAAAUAAUAAGACUUUUUUUAAAAAAUGUAUAUAAAUAGGAUAUGGAUCGACCUUUAACAGAUUAUUUUAUAAAUUCUUCACAUAAUACAUAUUUAGAAUCUAAUUAAUUUUCAGGAAACUCAUCAUGUUAAGCAUAUAUAAAUGCUUUUUAAAAAGGAUGUAGAUGCGUGGAGAUAGACAUAUGGGAUGGUGAUAAAGGAGAACCAAUAGUAACACAUGGUCAUACAUUAACAACUAAAAUUCCAUUUAAAACAGUUUUAGAGACAAUAAAUUAAUAUGCUUUUUAAUAUUCAAUAUAUCCUUUAAUUUUAUCUUUCGAAAAUCAUUGUUCUAUAAAUUAAUAAAAAAUAAUUUCAUUCAUGAUUAUGAAUAUAUUAAAAGAUAAACUUUAUAUAUUACCAAAUGAUUGGGAAAAAUAAGAGAAUUUUUUGUCUCCAAAUUAAUUGAAAAAUAAGAUUUUAAUAAAAUCAAAAGGUUCUAUUCAAGAUAUUAAAUUAAAUAUAGACUAGUUUAUAAUUUAAGAUGUAAAUGAAGAUGAUUUUGAAAUAUAUAGUGAAAAUGAUCUGAAUAUAUUGUCUAAAAAUAGUGAAUAUAUGCCUAAUUAUCUUGAAUCUGAAAUUUCAAAGGAAACUUUUAAUAAUUAAGGUACUAAAUUUAAAAUGUAUUUAUAAAAAUAAAACUAAUUAAAAAAAAUUAUAAAUGAAAAUUAAAAAAUAUUAUAUGUAUAAUAGUAUUAAAAUUUUUUUAAUAAUAAUAUUAAUAAUAAUAAUAAUAAUAAUAAUAAUAAUUAUAAUAAUAAUAAUAAUUAGAAUAAUAAUGAAAAUAAUUUAUAAAAAUUAAAAGAAAUUAAUUAAUUAAAAGUAGAACAAAAAAAUAAUAAAACGAUACAACUUUGUAAGGAAUUUUUAAGAAUUUCUACUUUGUUCGGUUGUAAAUUGAAUAUUUUUGAUGAUAAUCGCCUCAUUUGGUAAGUUAGCUCUAUAUCUGAAAUUUACUCCAAUAAACUUAUUAAAAAGCAUCCAAAAGAAUUCAUAGAUUUUAAUAAAAAACACUUUUUAAGGGUUUAUCCAUGUUGUUUGAGAUUAGAUUCUUCAAACUAUGAUCCAAUUCCUUUUUUCAUACAUGGAGUUUAGCAAGUAGCUUUGAAUUUUCAAACAAACGAUUUCCCUAUGUUUUUAAAUUUAUCGAAAUUUUAAGAAAAUGGAGGCAUAAGUUGUGGAUAUGUAUUAAAACACAAAUACAUGUAAUAAAACUAUAAAGUAAGAAAAAUACUAUAAAUAUAAAUAAUUUCUGGCUAAUAAUUAAGACCAGAUAAUUACGAAAAUGAUACUUUUGAUGUAGUUGAUCCUUAUGUGUAAAUAUUUAUCAGAGGGACCUAAAAAGAUGAAAAAAAUAAUAAACCGAGAAAAACAAGAAUUAUUAGUGAUAAUGGAUUUCAUCCAAUAUGGAAUAGUAAAAUUUUUGAGUUUAAAUUAAGAUGUCCUGAAUUGAGCUUAUUAAUAUUUAGAGUUAUGGAUAGCGAUAUUCUUUUAGAUACAUAACUUGGAUAAUAUGCUUUACCUGUUGAUACUAUAAGACCAGGAUAUAGAAUUGUUCCUUUAAGAAAUAAAGCUUUAGAUUUUUAGGAAAAUAGCUGUAUUUUAGUAAAGAUAAAUAUUUAAGAUGUAGAUUGA